AUGGCCGAUGUGUCGCUGAAGAGGCCUCACCCGGAGGAUGAAGAACUGAACGCACAGAAGAGAACGCGAUCCAAUAAUGGCUCUCCUAUGCCUGGCAACAAUGGCGCCGCACCGAAGAGCAAAGUCGACAUUGAACGCAUGGUCGCCGAAGCGAGAGCCAAGGCCGAGGAAGUCAGAGCCAGACUGAAUAUGGCGCGUGGUGGUGCAGCGUCGGCUUCAGCCUCACCCAGCCCAGCACCCCCAGCUACAACUACCGGAUCAACAAUGUCUCGUAUCGAACAGAUGAGAGCGAGAGUGGCUGCAGCUACAGGGAAAGUGGGUGCUGCCACAACUCAACACAGACCGGCCCCGACCCCGACCCCAACGCCUCCCACGUCCAUCGAACAACCAACAAAUCGUUUUGACGAUGAUUUAUCAAAAGCGCGAGGCGGCUUGGGAGUCGGCCUCCAUCCCGCCCUUUUGGCCGAUACAACACAAGAUCAGCGACUAUCCAAAGGUCGCGGUGCUGUGCAACCAAAGUUUGCUACAACCAUGGCAAAUCGCCGCUCAGCGACUCCAGUCUCAGGCCUGAAGAAGCCAGGAUUAGAUCUGUCUGGGCCCUCCUUGGACGAGAUAAGACAGAAUCCUUAUUACGAUGACAGUCUUCAUGCUACAUCGAAACCUCGUAUAUCCAAGCAGCUCGUGUUCAAUCAGAAGGGGAAAUACAUCGCACAAGCUGCAGCUUUACGCCGUCAGGCACAAAUGGAAGAAAUGAAGAAGCGGAUCGCUAGCAUGGCCCGCCAGGCCGGUGUAGAUGAGGAGCUAAGUCUUGAGAAAGCCUUUGAAGUUCCCGCACCUCCCGCUUUAGAGUGGUGGGACGAAGGCUUAGUUAACGGAGACAGCUAUGCGGCAGUUGAUAAUCCUCAGAAUAUCAAAGUCGACACCGAUGAUUCACUUGUCACGAUCUACAUACAGCAUCCCGUUUUGCUGGACCCGCCUCAGGAAAAGUUGAUUCCACAACAGAAGCCUAUGUAUUUGACGUCAAAGGAACAAGCGAAAUUGCGCCGACAGCGCCGCAUGGCAGAUUUGAAGGAACAACAAGCAAAGAUCAGACUGGGUCUUGAACCCGCACCGCCACCAAAAGUCAAGAAGUCUAACCUGAUGCGCGUACUCGGAGAAGAAGCUGUCAAGGAUCCCACGGCUGUAGAGGCCCGUGUCAAUCGUGAAAUUGCAGAGCGUCACGACAAACACGAAACUGCCAACGAGGAACGCAAAUUAACAAAAGAACAGCGAAAAGAGAAACUCGCUCUUCAACAAGAAAAGGACGCCGAGAAAGGCAUACACGUAAUGGUGUUCAAGAUUGACUGCCUAGCGAACGGCCGCCAUCGCUUCAAGAUCAGCAAGAACGCCGAACAAAUGGCACUCACCGGCGUGUGUGUGAUGCACCCAAAGCUCAACCUAGUCAUCGUAGAAGGCGGCUCUCACUCGAUAAACCAAUACAGAAAACUGAUGCUCAACCGCAUCGACUGGACAGAGAACUCUGGUCCCGGUCCACAGCGCGAGGGAGGAAACGGAAACCGCGAGUCAUCGACAUCAUGGCUCAAUCCGGAGGAUGAAAAGGGUGAACUGCGUGACCUCGGUUCCAACACAUGUACACUCCUCUGGGAAGGUCAGCAGAAAUCGAGAGCUUUCAGGAAGUGGUUGGGCGCUCGAGUUUGUGAGACCGAUGGCGCUGCGAAGGAGACUUUGGCGCGGGCUAAGAUGGAGAAUUUCUGGGUCUUGGCGAAGACUCAUAAGCCAGCGGCUUUUUGA